UAUUCUCCCCGGUUUCGACGAGAAUCUACUUGGCAAAUAUCGCUGGAACGUCUAUAGACACCAACUUGGUCUCGAUGCAAUUUCUAACCGAAUUAUCGUCAUCGAUAAGGUUCACGAUAAGUGUUCGAAGGAACCUCGAGGAAAAGUGUGUUUAAUCUCAACUAUUUCACCCAGUUUUAAAAAGAAUCUACUUGGCAAAUAUCGCUGGGAACGUCUAUCUCUACUAACUUGGUCUGAACGGCACUCUCUAACCGAAUUAUGGUCAUCGUGAGGCUUGUGAUAGAUACCAGAAGGAACUUCGAGGAAAAGUGUGUUUGUUCUUGAUUAUUCUUCCCGGUUUUGACGAGAAUUUCCUCGACGAGCGAGCGGAUAUUGAAAAAAGGAGGAACGAAAAUAUCGACGCCUGACGAAGAAGAAUAUUCUCCGCGUCGCUCGACGAUACGUGCGUCCGAGUUUUCGUUUAUUUUGCAACACCCUGUUUGUCUCGUGGUCUCUCCCCCCCCCCCCGUACCCGGCUAUCACCGCUUGCGUCAAUCAAUUUUUUUUUCUAACGCUUUUGCUCCGCCGCUCGGCGGAGUUAUCGAGACGCGGAUCGGGAAUCGAGAAUGGCCAGAGCCGAAGCCGUACGCGACGACUCAUCCUGCCCGGACACCAUCGCGCAGAGAUCAUGAAGAGGAAGAAGAUCGCUGCGAGAUCGUUCGCCGACCACAGUGUAAUUUUCGUACGAGUUUGACUGUUCGCGAUCGCCGACCGUGAAAGCUAGAAAUGUUGCUGAACGAGACGGUGCUGAUAUUCGCGGCCACCGCCAACAUGUUCGCCACCCUAAAAGACAGGCCUGGCUCGCAGAUCGUCGAUAAUAGCCUCGAUACACGGAACGUGACCACCACUACUUUGUCACCGGAGGAGGAAGAGAAUCGGUUCGACUUCAAGGACAGCUGGUACAUGUGGAGGUGCUUCCAACCAUACGGUUGCUUCUAUCUCGGUACACCAUGGUCCGGCGACAACAGACCGGUGUCCAUGUUCCCGGAUCGUCCGGACAGCAUCAAUCCUCGUUACUUGGUUUACACGCGCGACAAUCCGGGACAGCCGUACGAGCUGAAAAUCGACAAAUUCGAAACGAUCAAAGAAUUACCAUUACGGAAAAGGAGCAAUCUCUACAUCGUCGUUCACGGAUUCCUCGACAACGGCGACAAAACUUGGGUCUUGAAAACAAUGACGGAGUUGCUGAUUCGCGAAGAUUGCAACGUGGUGAUCGUGAACUGGAUCGGUGGAGCUGGUCCACCUUACACGCAGGCUGUCGCCAACACGAGAUUGGUCGGUGCAAUGACGGCUCGUUUGGCGUCUCAAUUGAUCGAGAUUGGCGGAAUCGAUUCAUCGAAGAUCCACUGUAUAGGGCACAGCCUCGGUGCUCACACAUGCGGCUAUAUCGGAUACUUUAUGAGACGUUCGUAUCACCAUCGUCUUGGACGAAUCACGGGUCUCGAUCCAGCGGAACCGCAUUUUAGUAACACGUCGACUAUGGUGCGGCUAGAUCCGACAGACGCCACGUUCGUCACGGCCAUUCACACCGAUUGCAAUCCUUUUAUCAGCGGUGGCCUUGGUAUCACCCAACCCGUCGCGCAUAUCGAUUUCUAUCCGAACGGCGGUCGCAAUCAACCCGGUUGCAACGAGGGUGUCCUCAAUUCUAUAACCUUGGAACGUGGGAGCUUCUUUCGAGGCAUCAAGAGAUUUCUCAGCUGCAACCAUAUUCGCAGUUACGAAUACUUCACGGAAAGUAUCAACACGGCGUGUCCGUUCUUAGGGAUUCCCUGCUCCUCCUGGGACAAGUUCCAAGAAGGCAGCUGCUUCGAUUGCGUGAACCAGUACUGUCCGGAGUUUGGAUUGGACGCCCAACCUGGGAAUUACCACGCGUCCGUCUACUUAAUGACAAGCUCGGAGAAGCCAUAUUGCAGGGGACACUAUAGAGUGACGAUAAACAUCUCGAAAACGAACGAGAGCUUGGACCACGGCGGCGAGGUUGGCACGUUCGUGAUACGAGUUGUCGGCGACAGCAAUAAGAGGACCGAGAGGAUGCAGCUCAGCUCGCAGUCGAAAUACUACGAGCCAGGUAGCACCCACACGGUCGUUCUGCCCGGCGAGGUUGUGGGGAAACCGAAAGAGGUCGAAAUUACCUGGGAGUAUCACACUUCGUUCUUAAAUGUGCUCACGUGGAGGCUUCUUCACACUCCGCGCGUCUACGUCGAUUCGCUGGUCGUCGAUAGUUUGGAAUCCGCUCACGGGAUCACCGUAUGCCCGGACGAAACGAAAAUACUGAUCGCCAACGAACCUAAAGUCUUCACAGUGGAGAAUUGCCAAGAUGCCGAUUUAAACGUGGUCUUCGCGUAAGAGAAACUCAGCUCUUAAUUCGUUUUGUCGAACUUUUAAUUUAUCAGCCAUAAUAUACGUGAAAAGUUCAAAUGUCGUGUUACCGUAUAAUAAACAAACUAAUUAACGGUUCAACAGUUUUAUAGUUCGUGGCUCAAACAGUUGUAAUUAUUACUUAAACCCAUAUUGUUUUACCAUAUAAGAAGCAGCGGAAUUUUUUUUCUUCGACCGUACGCGUUUAGUUCACAAUUUUUAAAAUACAUAGGGAUCGAUGAUAUAUUAUUGUAUAAACUGUUUUCACAAUUUUGUCAAAUGUGAGU